UACAAAGUGUUUGUCAGUCCCUUUCAGUCCGGAGCACACUCAGAGAGAGAGAGGGGACAAGGAGGGCGAUCCUCUGUGACCAGAUUACAGUGAACAUUUGUGUGACUGUGACCAUGCGUGUGGUGGUUGUAUUCCUCUUGUCUGGCCUGCUGCCACUCUCUUGCUCCCAAGAACGGGACCCAUUCGCCUGGCUGUACGGCUCGCGGAGCCUAAGAUUUGGCUACCUGCAGGCAGACACAACGGGAGGGGAAUGUCCAGAUGAGUGUGACUGCCCGCCCUCCUUCCCAGUCGCCAUGUACUGUGAUGGGCGGGGCCUAACAGCCAUGCCAACCAUCCCCUCCCGCAUGAAAUACUUGUACCUCCAAAACAAUGCCAUCACAGCUGUGUCUGACUCAGCUCUAGUAAAUGCAACCAAUCUGGUGUGGCUCAUGAUGCACUACAAUCAACUGACAUCUGACGCCAUUGGCAAGAAGGCAUUUCAACAGUUGAAUGGACUAAAACGUUUGUAUCUGCAACACAACAAUUUGACUGCCUUUCCUUCAAACCUCCCUCGUACCCUGCAAGACCUGAGAAUCAACCACAACAAGAUUGAAAAGGUAACACCUGCAGACCUAGAGGGAAUGGAUAACCUCACUAUUCUGUAUCUCCAUGACAACGCUGUCACAGACAUGGGCAAGUCACUGAACACACUCAAAUCCCUCACAUUGCUGGAGAUCAGUGGUAACAAGUUGACAAAGGUCCCAGAGGCACUCCCCGAACAUCUGCACCAGCUUUACCUGGAGUUUAACUCCAUUGAUUCUCUACCAGAGGGUUUCCUGGGCCAGUUCACUCGGCUGCAGUACGUCAGGAUCGCUCACAAUCAGCUAACAGACAAGGGUAUCCCUGCCAACACCUUCAAUGUGACUGGGCUGGUAGAGCUGGAUCUGAGCUUCAAUAAACUGGAGAGAAUCCCUUUAGUGAGCACCACACUACAGCAUCUCUAUCUGCAAGCUAACCAGAUCAAAGAGUUCACUCUGGGUAGCUUCUGCAGCGUUGUGGAUGUGACCAACUACUCCCAGCUCCGGACACUGCGACUGGAUGGGAAUGAGAUCAGUCGCCAGGACAUCCCAACCGAGUCAACCCUCUGCUUGCGCCUGACUUCCAGCAUUGAGGUCUAACCUCCAUACGCGACUGUACCAUUCCAUGUCGCCGCACUACAUUUGGUCAGUGGAACACCCUGCAUGACGUGGUGAAGAGCUGCAGCUCUAUCAGCACUUUUAUAAAUCAUUUUAAAAAUCAGUUGAAAGCUGGUCAGCGCUGUACUCAUUGAGCAACAUUAUUAGAGUUUGUAUUACUUACUUUUAAUGAUUUUUAUUACUUACUUUUAAUGUGUUGUACUGUGGCUUUGCAUUGUGUGUAUUGUGUGUUCUUCUUACCACAUAUAAUGUUGAAUUGUGUCUUACCUUGUACUGUUUGCGAUUUUUUAAAUGUUUGUUAUGUUCUGUCAAGGGACUACAGAUGCACUUGAUCUGUAGCUACAAUCUGGUACAGUGCAUCAAAUGGUGACAUGUGUUGUACAUGGUCCCUUUCAAAUAAAGAUUAAACAUUUUGUUUUAAACUUUGCUUAUGAAACGUGGCACUCUGCUCACAAACAAAGCUAUCUAAUAAUAUAUAUAUAUAUAUAUAAAAUAAGAAACCUUCAGGAGAGCAACAGAGGAGGAUCCCUCUCACCGGAUGGACAGGUGCAAUAGUCAUGUGUACAGAAGGAAUCAGUAACAACACAUUCAAUGAGUAUGACAGAGUGUAUGAAUAGUUGGUAGUAGUCAUGGACCACGAUCCAGACCUCCAUGAUCCAUCAGGCAGAUGGAGGUAGAGAGGAGGAGUGGGCCGAAGAGUGGGCCGGGCAUUAGAAGGGCCAUGGCAUCAGACCCAGCCAGGUCCGGUGAACCCUAUGAGACCUGAAGUCACAAGGACUCUGUAGAGAAAGCAGAGUUAAUAAUGUGCAUUGGAGGGAUGAUAAUUCAUCCAUUACUUCACUAUAUCUUUAGCUUCUUUAAGAAUAACGUUAAAUAUAGGUAAAUGAGCCUUUCAUCCCAAAAUACAGCUUGCAUAAACUUAAUACAAUAACUGUAAAAGCCAUAUAUGAUGGAUUUUUUUACGGAUUGAAAAUAAUCUGACCCUGAUCCUCUUUAUAUGUUGCUCUGAGGAUCAAUGAUCUUUUUAAUCAGUGUUUUUAAUCUCUCUUCCUACAAAGCAUGCUGUGGCAGCAGGGAGUGUUUAAGCACAGCUGCUGAGUGGGUGGAGCGGGGGUGUGGCUCAAGGAACGGUGACGGGAUGGGUAAGGGCCUCAGCUGUAUUCAAUUGGGGUUUUGUUUGUCUCGCAUAUAAGAGCAGGACUAGCUGGUGAACAAGAGGGAGAGCGGGGAGCAGACGGCCACGAAGCAAAGACUCGACCGGCUGCGAUCAAUAAGAGAGAUAAAAGUCUCAUACUGCCAAACUCCCUUGUGUUGCCCUGAUUUGUGCCCCUCCGGCACUCACACGUGUUGCACAUGCCUUCCAUUGUUUUGUAAUGUGAACAUUAUGUAUAAUGUAUGAUGUGAAUUGGAAAUCAAUUCAUUAGCUGUACUAGAAGCACAACAAUAUGUUCAUCACUUCUCUGACUAGCAUAUCCCACAGUUAUACUUUAUUGCAGUUGUGUGCAUUGUUUUGUCUUUGUGACAAAAUUCUGUAUGUUUAAUUCUGUGAGAGGAUCCUCUUGUUUCACAGAGUAGUAAAUACAGUCUGGGUAUUUAUAAACAUAAGUACGAUGAACAUUGGGUGAAUGAAUUAAAAUUCUUGAGUUACUGUAUGAUUUACAUAAAUUGUUUUUAUGCUGACAAAUGUUUUAGGUUUACAAGCCUAUUGCAUAAUACAUAAAAGCUGUGCUAAAAAACAAAAGAA